AUGCUGAGGGAAGGCGUAGCGUGUUCCCUGAUGUCCCAGCACCGAGCACCACGCACCACCCAGCACCCAGCCGCCACCCAUCAUCCAGCACCCAGCACGCAGUCCUCACCCAACAUCCACCCAGCACCAGCCAGCAUCCAGCACCAGCCAGCACCAUUCAGCACCAGCCAGCAUCCAGCACCAGCCACCACCCAGCACCCAGCCACCACCCAGCACCCAGCCAGCACCCGCGCAACACUCAUCAUCCGCCCAAUACGCAGCCAGCAUCCGCCCAGCACCCAGCAUCCAGCACCCGUCACGCUUGCUCCCCUCCAACCAACCCCGCCCCGAGCCAGCUGCUACUGUUGGCGUGGGCGCCGCCAUCACCACGCCACCACCGCGGCGCUGGCCAGGCGCGGCUCACACAAGGAACUGGAACAGCCAAUACUGUGCAGGGCGUGUUGGCUGGCGAUGGACAGGCAAUGGUGGGAAUAA